AUGCCUAUGGGGGGUGAUGCAGAUGCGUUGCCCUACCGUCGUUGGUCUGUUAGCGUGGCCUUGCAGUCGUUCUGCGGCGAGCCGUGGGCGCUGUCGCGCGGCCAGGGUGGCUGCGACCACAAAGACACAGGUGAAGAACCGGAACCCACGGAUCCUGCAAGCAGGCAGCAAAAGCUGGAUGCCAUGACACAGGUUUUUGGCGCCCCACUGCAGCUUUGUGAGGACUGUCUCAAGAAGCACAUGAACGACACCGAAGUAAAAGAAAGUCUUCCGCAUUUGUUAGAUGUCUUGCGUCACUGCAACGCUAACGAGAGACUGUUAGAGCGCACAACGGAUGUUCUGUUCGCAUUACAAUUGCCCAUGCCGCCGGGGUCCUCUGAAAAUGUUGGGAGUGUCACAAAGGGGGAUUGUAGUGCCCAAAUGCGUUACGAACUACUGACUUCUUUAGACCCUCUUCUGACGACCGUGUUGUCUCCGGCAGUUUCAGCCGUAGUAGAUGAAUGCUUGAAUGCCAUGGUGCUUGUCUACGGUGCAACUCAAGAGAUGAGACAAUUAGGUGUAAUAGGAACCCCUGAGAAGUGUGGAUUACUACCACAGGGGAUUUUUAUGGUCAUGAACCGCACCGUCGAGCUUCAAGAGCAAGAACUUAAUGCCAUGUCAUGCCCUUUGGCGUCUUCAAGAGUUCCAGGAUCGGUGCAAGGCAGCAAUGAAACGAAUCCUGCCAAUAGCGAUACCAGCAUUUCCGGGACUCAUCGUUUUGUCCGUGCCGAGUCAACAUUCAUCGCUUUUGAUGCGGCGUGCAUCGUGGAUCUUCUUGAUUUGAGCAACGACUGCGUGGAACUUGCCUUGCACCUGGAAGGCCCUCCGUCGACGCGCCAUCAUGAUGAGAGUAAAAAGACACAUCCCGACUUGAACGGCGAUGUACCAGCUGAAGCCUACGUGUGUCAUGCCCGAGCAAUGCCGGCUGAGCACGCCAAUCAUGCCCUGGAGGCACUCGAUAUAGGUCUUGGCAACUUCACCUGUGCCACGGAAAUGGGGCUAUUGCAUUCUAGCGCAGGAACUUCGCUUCUUUUUUCCCUAACGCUCUUUACUGAUGAUUGUCACUCGGCAACCUUUCACUUUCUCUGCCUUGCCGAGGAUGCCGCUGUGCAGAAUUGGUUGUCUUCUUCUACACCGGCACGCAGUCAGGCGGUACCCGAUGGGGAAAAACCCGACUGGUCAACCAGGCAAAACAUGACGCUGCCAGGAAUGCUUGACCACAACACCGCGACCAUGUUGGUUCCCUCGCUUUGCUUUGGCAACCUUCUCACCUCAGUGCUUGUCUGCGGUUACAAUUCCAUUACGGCUCUUCAACGACUCGCUAGGGACCUCAAUUUUGCCGUGACGGGAUGUCGCAUGAUGACGGUGCCUCAACUCACUGAUGUUACGCGACAGCGUUCCCAUCAGCCAUUACCACCUGAGUGGGAGGAGAGGUUCACACAAGACGGAAGGAGGUAUUAUGUCGAAAAAACAAGUAGACGGUCAACAUGGGAUGAUCCACGUAUCAAGUUGAAGGAGCGACGGAGAAGAGAUUCACUGGACUAUCCUGAUGACGCACACAGAGGGAAAGACUUUGCGGUUCCGUCGUUGCGGCGAUCUCUUCACAUACCACUUGACAAGGAGGACAAACCAUUUCUUGAUGAAGAGCUUCGAGACGCAUGCAGAGGAAGGUUGUCCAGCAAAAAAGCGGGGUCGGAGGAGCCACCGUACAACAUUGUGAUUGUCGACACGGAAAAUGAGCGGCACGUGGUGCUGGGAUGCACGCCACAGCGGCAACCGGAUGCGACGCAGGCGCCGAAGAUCUUCACUCUCACGGGGGUUGGGACCCACGUGGUGGGUGAGAUUUCCCCUGCGGCCAGAACGGAUCCCAAGGCAAUACGCGACGGGCGAUUGGCGGAGGCUUUCAAGGAUGAAAGCCCAAUUUUCCCUGAUGAGGGCGAUGAGAAAGAGGAGGAGGCGGGGGCUGCUGACACGAGGCAAACGUCAGCAAAGGAUGAAGCGGACCGUACGGGGAAGGAGGUGUACGAGGUCGAAGAGCUUAAGCUUGAAACUUCACACAAGCCAUGCGUGGAAGAAGCUGCGGAGAGCGAGGAGGUACGAGGGGAGGGAAACAAUGUAAACGGACCCGAGAGCCAAGCAGGGAUAAAAAAAAUCUAUUCAAGUGUGUUGAGAGGUGCUGAAGGCAACUUCUCCCCAGGAGAUACUCCCAGGAGCAAUGCGGAUGCUGCUCCGUCAUCGGCGUCGGAGGCAGCACCUAUUUGUGUCCGCAUAACUCCAGAAAUGCAGGAAUUGGAGUCCCUCGUGGAAGAGUUCUCACAUUUUUAUCAGGCGGCUUGUGAGACACAGAAACGUGUUGAGCAACUUGAACAAGAGGUAGCCCGCAUGCAAAAAGAGUUGGAGGAAACGAAGGAAGUGGAGAAUCAACUGCGUCGUGAAAGGGAGACGGUUAAACUACUCCGUGAACAGCUUGCUGCGGUGCACUUCGCGGAAAAAGGCGCAUGCAGGCCGCUUGAACAGAGUGAGCCACAGCUAUCUGAGGUACGAAGCGGCAUGUAG